UUUUAUUUAUUUAACUGAUUGGGUCGUUAUUGGCAGCAUCACUGUUCACGCACACGAUAGGCUCCCUGAAACGUUUAGUCCACAGGUGUAGUUGACCAUCCUACUUAAUCUAAGUCAGAAACUAAUUUGCUUAUCCAUUAAUAAUUUUGAAACCAUAUUACAUCUUAUCUGUUUUUUAUGGCUGAAACUUUUUUUGCAACAUAUACUACCAUAACUUUAUAAGAUUAAUUGUUGCACUUUUAUCUACUCCCUGAUCCCCCCCCCCCCCCCUCCUUCCAGAAAGGAAAACUGAAUCCACCAUGAACAUUCACACUCCAUAAACGAUCUUUGGCAACAAGUGGGCGUUCAGUUCCUCACCCCUUCCCUCCCUCCGUGGGUCAGCGUGGGCGGCCCCGUGUGGCAGGAGGAGAGCGAAACACGACACCCGACAGAAGAAGGGGGGGGGGUUGAGAGAACACGAAGUGAGUGCAGUGGAAAAAGAAAAAGUCUGCCGGAGAAAGAGAGGGGCAGAGAAAGAGCGGAGUUGGUUUGGUUUGUUUGUUCCUUUCAGAAGCGCCGCUGUUGUGACUGUCGGUGAGGAUGAUGAUGUGGAGGAGGAAUCGACCAUGCGACAUCGUUUCAACAGACGGGAUGAACGUUUAGACUCGUCGCAUUCCGCUGCUCCAGUACGACCGACGGCAGCACGACUCCUCCAAACUUCGACCUGCGCCAUUCAGACCCGGGCGACUGGAUUUCCCCCCCCCCCCAGAGGCUCGGGGCAACUUUUGGCAUCAGACGCUGCGUACAGAUAUUGCGAAACAAAACUUUUUCAACAAACGCUGAUGUGUCGAGAUAAAACGCAGAAGCGUAUGUGAAGUUAGCUGGUUUCUUUUUCAACUUAAAAACAAGCACAUUGUCGGGGCAGGUUAUUUUCUAACGAGCCACUUGUGAGAACAACACCGGAGGAAGGAGUGGGGUGUCACUGCUAACUCGGCUAGCUCACUUGGCUAAACGCGAGCUAAAGUUACGAGUCGACGAGCAAAGUGACCGAAGCAACGCGCCGUAGACGACAGCGAAGAUGAAGACCCCGGCAGACCCCGGGUUUGCCUUUCCGGAUUGGGCCUACAAGCCCGAAUCAAGCCCGGGCUCCAGACAGAUCCAGCUGUGGCACUUCAUCCUGGAGCUGCUGAGGAAAGAAGAGUACCACGACGUCAUCGCCUGGCAGGGAGACUACGGAGAGUUUGUGAUCAAGGACCCAGAUGAGGUGGCCCGCCUGUGGGGGGCCAGGAAGUGUAAACCGCAGAUGAACUACGACAAGCUCAGCCGUGCUCUCAGAUACUACUACAACAAGAGGAUCCUCCACAAGACCAAGGGGAAGAGGUUCACCUACAAGUUCAACUUCAACAAACUGGUGCUGGUCAACUACCCCUUCAUCGACAUGGGCUCCGGUCGUGUCCCUCAGAGUGCUCCCCCGGUGCCGACCGGCAGCAGUCACUUCCGCUUCCCCCCCUCCACGCCGUCGGAUGUCCUCUCCUCCAGCGAGGAGCUGCGCAGUCCGGGCAUGUUCAGCAGCGUGGCCCGCCGCAUGGCCCGUGGCUCCGUGAGCGACUGCAGCGACGGCACCUCCACCAACUCGGAGCUGGAGGAGGCCAUGGGGGCCGACGAGCGAAGUGUGGGGCCCGACAGGGUCUACAGGGGCCUGCUCCCUCCACGUCUGCCGCACGAGUCUUUCUUCAGGAUCUACCCGAACACCGGGCUGGCCAGACAUGGCCCCAGGGUCCACCCGGAUUCUCUGUCUCCAUUCCCCGUCUCCCCGCUGCCUGGCCCAGGAGGUCUUCUGUCCCCGGCCCUGUCCAUGACCCCCACCCCGCACCUGCCCUACACCCCCUCUCCCUCCAUGUCCUCCCCCAUGUUGGGUUCUCACUUCUCCUUCAACCCAGAGGACAUGAAGCACUACCUGCAGGCCCACACCCAGUCCGUCUACAACUACCACCUCAGCCCCCGGGCCUUCCUCCACUACCCCAGCAUCAUCAUCCCUCAGCCCCACCGCCCCACCCUCGAGAAGCCGGCCGCCCAUCACCUCCAUGGCCCGCCCAUGCCGCUCUCUCAUUCGCUCGGCCACCAGCCAGGAGGCGGGGAGGAUGGGCCGCACCACCCGUCGCCGUUCAAGUUCAAGCUGCAGCCGCCGCCGCUCGGGCGCAAGCAGAGGGAUUGUGGGAGCUCAUUGGCCUCUGCUUCCUCCUCCUCCUCCAGCCAGUCCUCCUCAUUCACAGGGUCUAGUCAGAUAAUCAACUCUGCCUUGGCUGCAGGGCCUCCUAAGAUCAAGGUGGAGCCCAUAUCCGACAUCGAGUCAGAAGAAGAGGUGGAGGUGACUGACAUCAGUGAGGAAGAUGAGCUCAAUCAGAACGACCGGGAUGACGACGGCGACAUCUGCAGCAGCGGCGCCGGCGGCAGUGGCAGCGGCGGCAUCGGUAGCAGCCUGGUCGUCCUCCACCCGGUUAACCUGAAGAGCGAGCCGGGUCAGGCGGCUCCCAUCAGCCCCGGGGGCACUCGCUGCAUCCCGCUCAAGCUGCGCUUCAAGCGCCGCUGGAGUGAGGACCAGAAGAUGGAGGCGGACGGCGAGCGGGACGAGGCGGAGGACAAGAAAGUAAAGGCCGAGGGAGAGGAGGAGCGGCAGGGGAGGAGAGAGGGGGCGGGCGGAAGAUCGGUGGGGGAGGUGGCGACCGGGGGUGGAGGAGGAGGAGGAGGAGGAGGGGUCAUUUUGGGGUUGAUGCUGCCACCGCCGCCCACCCAGCGCAGAGCGAGCUCUGAGCUGCAGAGGGCCACGGCACAGCUGUCUCUAGAAAACACUGGCUGCUGAGCAUCAUGUGCACGCACACACACACACACACACACACACACCUUCUACUUGGAUACAAAACACACACCUCUCUGAGUCUCGUCUUCAAAUGUUAUAGUUUUAGACCAUAAUGCCUUGUGGCUUCUUGAUGGCACUAGUGAACGUGAGCAAAGUGGAGACAGUAACUGAAAGGUGAUGACGUAAACACACUUUAAUGUCUGAACAUGUAUCAUUUGUUGGAAAUAAUGUUUUCUGUGCAACAAUUAAAGGAGUCGGGCACUUUUUGCUGACCUCGCAGCCCUGCGAGCUCCUUAAAUGACUCCACACAAAACCAAAUAUUUCCCCGCACAUGUUACAAUGUUCACAAGGUAGCGAAGAACAAGAUGACACCAUUAUCACCGCUCUGGGUCUGUCGCUGUUGCAGUGCCGCCCCCCUUCUUUCCCACCUUCGUGCACUCCUGUGGUCAGUUCUGUCAGCAGGCUGCCACAAGACGUCACGGCUGGCAUAGAACGACAACACAGAUGUGCCUGUGUGGCCUCUGAUGUGCUGCAAGGCUAGACCCUUUACUCCCCAUCAAACACCAACACAGCAGUAUUUUUUAUUUUUUUUAUUUUUUUCAGAUAACCCCCCCCAUGAGAACACCUCAGAGCGCCAGUUAAAUCCGCAAGGGGGUCACAUCUCGCAUCACACCUGUGCCCUCCUCCUCACAUCAUCACCGCUCCCCAACAACAGACAGACAGAUCCUGAUGUUACUAAAAAAAACAAACACUUUUAACAGCCCUGAUAGAGAUUACAGAAGUGCCUCUCGGUCCACGCCCGUCACCAAGCCUGAUGGCGUAGUGAGGGGGAGAAAAGAAAAAAAGAACGGUGACAUCUCUCCGAUGGAUCUCUCAGACUGAAGAGGGAGAUUAGGAAGAGCUCUCCAAUCAGCGCCUUGUCUCCAGGAAGAGGGAGAUUGACCUCUGAACCUCUGACCCGCCACGCAUUAGCAUUUGUUAGCCAGCAGAUGGUCGUGGGAUCCCACUGUACAGAAAA